AUGCGAUCUUUCAUGAUUCCUCGUGUGGCCGGUCUAAAACGACUUCCAAUCCGCCGUAAUGCAGUACCUCGUCGUCACUUGACUAUGCUCCACCCACCCAAAUUUGUCAAUGAGACACCGCUUGACUAUAAGAAGAACUCCCCCGAAAGAGUCGAGCUCACCAAAGCCAUCCAAAAAUUGAAGCGAGAAUUCCCCGUUACAAUCCCCAUCCAAAUCAAUGGAGCAGAGAUCAAAACGAAACAGUCAAGAUCCCAAAGCAACCCCUCCAAGCACAGCGAGAUCGUUGCGAACUAUGCCUACGCGAGCGAGGACCAGGUCAACGCCGCCAUAGAUGCCGCUCUCAAAGCUAAGCCCGCAUGGGAGGCCAUGCCCUUCGAAGACCGCGCAGCAAUCUUCCUACGCGCCUCCGAACUCGUGACCGGGAAAUACCGCGCCGAGAUAGUGGCUGCGACAAUGCUUGGACAGGGCAAGAAUAUCUGGCAAGCGGAGAUAGAUGCGGCAGCCGAGACAGCUGAUUUCUUCCGUCACUACAUUCACGAGGCAUGGGCAUUGUUCUCUCAACAGCCAAAGAUCCAGACAGAUGGUGUCUGGAACAAGCUAGAGUAUCGUCCCUUGGAAGGCUUUACUUAUGCCAUUGCUCCCUUCAACUUUACUGCGCUGGGAGCUACCCUGAUCGGACCAGCUGCCCUGCUUGGAAACGUGGUUAUCUGGAAGCCAUCUGACUCAGCUCUGCACGCUAGCUGGCUGCUCCACAAGAUUCUUUUGGAAGCAGGCUUGCCAAAGGAUGUCAUUCAGUUCCUUCCUGGUGAUGCAGAAGAAGUCACAAACGUCAUUUUGAAGAGACCCGAGUUCAGUGCGUUGACUUUUAUCGGAUCAACAGCUACAUUCAAGGGAAUCCAGAAGAAGAUCGGCGACGGCAUCGGGGAAGGCAUAUAUAACUCUUACCCUCGUGUUGUCGGUGAGACCGGCGGCAAGAACUGGGGCAUCGUUCACCCCUCAGCGGACGUGAGAAGCGCUGCGCUGAACACCAUCCGAGCUGCUUUUGAGUACCAAGGACAGAAGUGCUCUGCCAACUCCCGUGUCUAUAUUGCCGAGUCUGUCUGGCCGGAGUUCAAGAAGGUCCUGGCUGAGCAGACGGAGGCUUUGAAGAUUGGUAAUGUGGAAGAUUACAGCAACUUCAUCAACCCAGUUAUCCACGAAAGAUCCUUCGACAAGCUUCAAAAGGUCAUUGAGGACGCAAAGGCUGAUCCUGAGCUUGAGUUGAUUGUGGGCGGCAAGGCCUCCAAGAAGGAUGGCUACUACGUACAUCCAACUGUGUACCAGACAUCCAAUCCGCAUCACGAUAUGAUGUCUCAAGAGUUGUUUGGACCAAUCCUGUGCGCUUAUGUGUAUCCCGAUGCGGAGUGGGAGCAGACGUUGAAGCUGGUUGAUACUACAUCACGAUAUGCUCUGACUGGAAGCAUCUUUGCCAAGGACCCUUAUGCAAGCCGUCAGGGACAAAAGGCAUUGAAGCACGCUGCUGGUAUGCUAUAUCUUAACACCAAGUGCACUGGAGCGACGGUGGCUCAGCAGCCAUUUGGUGGUAGCCGUGACUCGGGAACAAAUGAUAAGACCGGUACUAUGGCACACUUGCAGAGGUUUGUGAGCACCCAGACAAUAAAGGAGGAGUUUGUGCCUUUGGAGAAGGUUGAAUAUCCUUCCAAUGAAGUUUAA